AAUACCUUUUUCUUACACCCCCAAUUCGCAUUUCCCUCUCGUCUUCCUCGUCUCUCUUUCUCUGUCUCUUCUCGCCAUUCCCUCUGCUUCUUUUAACUCUUCUUCUCUCUUUCCUUCUCUCUCACAUGGCGAUUGCUGCAGAGAACCAACCCCAGGAGAAGAUUACCACUACGGAGGCCUCUGCUGUCGAGAAGAGAAGAUGGACGCUUAAUGACUUUGAUAUCGGGAAGCCUCUCGGAAGAGGGAAGUUUGGUCAUGUCUAUCUGGCUAGAGAAAAGAAGAGUAAUCACAUUGUGGCUCUAAAAGUUCUAUUCAAGAGCCAGUUACAACAGUCGCAGGUUGAACACCAGCUUCGUCGGGAAGUUGAAAUACAGAGUCAUCUUAGACACUCCAACAUUCUGCGCCUUUAUGGAUAUUUCUACGAUCAAAAACGGAUUUAUUUGGUAUUGGAAUAUGCACCCAGAGGUGAGCUUUACAAGGAACUACAGAAGUGCAAAUACUUCAGUGAGAGACGUGCUGCUACUUACGUCGCGUCAUUGGCUCGAGCACUCAUAUACUGUCAUGGAAAACAUGUGAUCCACAGAGACAUCAAACCAGAAAAUCUUUUAAUUGGUGCCCAGGGUGAACUCAAGAUAGCUGACUUUGGAUGGUCAGUGCACACGUUCAACCGUAGGCGGACUAUGUGUGGAACACUGGAUUAUCUGCCUCCGGAAAUGGUGGAGAGCGUGGAACACGAUGCAAGUGUGGAUAUCUGGAGCCUUGGUGUAUUAUGCUAUGAGUUUCUCUAUGGAGUACCUCCAUUUGAGGCUAAGGAACACUCUGACACAUACAGGAGAAUCGUGCAAGUAGAUUUGAAGUUUCCUCAAAGACCAAUUAUAUCUUCAACUGCAAAGGAUCUUAUCAGUCAGAUGCUUGUCAAGGAUUGUUCUCAACGGUUGCCGCUACACAAAGUUCUCGAACACCCUUGGAUUGUUCAAAAUGCAGAGCCCUCUGGUGUAUAUAAGAGUUGAUCUGCGUUGAAUAAUAAUAUAUAUCUUUUGGUACAAAGCUUCAAAAAUGAUCUCCAUUACUUUGUAGCGUGUCAGUGUCAUCUAAACUUUUCUCUGAGAGCAUUGUAAACAAUUACUAAUCGACAUUCGAUAAAUAUAUCCAUUCAAUUUUCAUUCCA